AUGGCAAACCGGGCCGACAAGGGGAUCAAAGCACAGGGAUAUCCGCAGUCCUAUCGACCGUGGCCUGCGAAUGGAAACGCAAUAUUUUCUGCCACAUUUCUUCGGCCGAACCAGGAAGAUACAACUCACAUUGAAGAAUAUCGACGUCAAGAACAAGCCGUUGCCAAUGUUAGACAUACCGAAUUCAUGAUUGCGAGACUAACCCAACACCAAACGUUACCUGCAGGGCGAAAACGUUCACAAUCUCCGCUCUUUGAUCCUAUAAGAGUUUUGGCGUCCUUGAGAGAUGCGGAUGGAUCCUUCAAGACACUCGUGGUCGACGCCCUUGCAAUUCAGUCCGAACAGGAAGCUACUGACUACAUGCGUGUGGGAUCGUAUUGCGAGGCUAUUCAAU